UACAGGAGCCUCAAACUUUUGUAUUUAUUUUCUAAUUUUUCAAGUAUAUAUUUUUUGUACGUAUACACAAAUUUAUUUUAGACGAAUAUGUAUUCUCGUUUCAAGUACAUGAUAAGUGUAUUUUAAGACUGUUAUCAAGAAAAUAUUUCUUGCAAAGAUAACUCAAAAGAAGAUAGAUAGAUUAAUGCGAAUAAAGAUUAAUGCGUGCAAAGUUAGCCUUGUACUUUUCGAAUUGUAUAUUUUUAAUAAUUAUGCUGAAUUGUGCUAUGUGCCGAUUUGUGCUGUAAAUUACAGUUUUGUAACUUUUUUCACGUUUCAGAAAAUAAAAGAAAAACAAAAUUUUCGAUAGCCUGACUCGUACUUUCCAAAUUUUGAAUUUUUUUUUUAAUUGUAUCAAAUUUAUGCCGGGACUGUCGAAAGGAUUUAUUUUAUUGUAACUUGCGGCACAAAUAUAACACACAAUUCAGCACAAUUGUUGAAAAAAUAAAAUUUAAAAAGUACGCAAUUAACUUUACACACGUGAAAAACUAAUCGUUUUUCUUAGUACGGAAACAAUAUUUUUCUGUGUUCAUUUUCCGUGAAGUCAUAAAUUUUUACUGAUUACAAUAUGGUUACAUGCAAAAUUUCAUAUUUUGCGUAUUACUUUCACGUCACGUGUCCAUAUGCGUGCAUUACGUCAAUACGACAGAUUUCAUAACCUUCUCAAAUACGUCAUUUUUAACGACUGAUUAAUGAUUUUAUCAAUGCCGAGCGACUGUUUUUGCUUUUCUCCGUUAUUGCGCAAAAAGAUACCGGGCUAAAUCAGUUUCAUCGAAAACUAAGUAGUGACCUCGAACUAGAUAUUUCCUAAGACGUAUAUUCUGAUAAGACAACAUAACAUCGCAUUACAUAAAAUAUGGCUGAGAAUAGGUCGAUAGUGGAAACGGCGAACGAGCAUUGUGACUCGAGGACGCCACAUAUAUCGUCGUCCAACGAAAACAGACAAGAAUCACCAAGUAGUACCAGGUACACUCUAACGAGUAUAAGUCCCGGAACGGCGUUCAACUUUGGUAUCAGAACGGCAGAACAUUCAAGAAUGUUUGCGGGCAACAUCUCCUCCACCAUUCAAGGAAUUCGUCCUUUCAUACAACAGGCAGCGCCCAACAUAUCGUUGACGUCGCUCCUGGCCUUUAAUGGACUCCGAAAUCAAGUCCAUCCAGUCACCUUACCAAGCGAUAGCUAUGUGAUCAAUCUAGAAGAACCUGCAACAAACAGUGCAGAUUCUCACGAUGAACCUUUGCGCAAUCAUCAUCAUCAUCAUCAUCAUCAUCAUCAUCAUGUAGCCUCAACAAUGCCAAAUAAUUUAUCGGAUAAUACGCACGAGACUGCAAACGAAGUUGUCGAAAAUCACAAUAAUAGCGCCUCGGAAACCGGCGGCGGCAGUGUCCAGUUAGGUCCGGAGACUCGAGCGAUGCUCAAGCAACUUCAACAAUACGUUCCCUUUAUCACCAUUCUUCUUGCCAAAGGUCUUUACGAUCACAGAACCGGAAUACUCACGUUCGUUAUACUACUCUUCACGUUCAUUCACGCUAACAAUGACAUUAAGCGCGAGAUCGCCAAACAGCACAAUCGGAGUUGGCCGUUGCUCAUGCUGAUUCUGUGCUACAUCAGUGGCUGCAUCUUGUUUGUUAUUUAUACAUUUAAUCUCUAUAACUUCAUUCCUUAUGCUGAACCACUCAAUGCUGAACCACUCACAAUCUGGGACUUGCUUUGCUACGUCAUAGUGAUGGACUUCUUCCUUAAACUCAUCACUAUCAUGUGCAAAGUUCUCUUGACUUGUCUACCGGUACGAUUCCUGGCGUUCCAGAAUCGGGGAAAAUAUUAUCUUAUGGUGGAAGCAAUGUCACAACUCUAUCGAUGCGUUGCGCCCGUCCAGCCAUGGUUAUAUUAUCUGCUCGAAACGUAUCAAGGUCCGGAAAAAAUCGUGGGAAUUUUCUUCUCGAUAAUGUAUACAAUGAGCAAGGGCAAUGAUUUACUAUCGCGUCUCAAACUAUUUCGCACUGCCGCAUGGAAACUGUUUCAAAACGUGAGUCUUGGAGUAUCUCCGUCAAAAGAACAGCUAAUUGCAUCCGGCGGUAUAUGUGCCAUUUGUCAUGAAGAAUAUACCACACCAGUUAGACUUCACUGUAAGCAUAUUUUCUGUGAAAUGUGCGUUUCGACGUGGCUCGACAGAGAACGUUCGUGUCCCUUGUGUCGCGCCUCCAUCACGGACGAUCCGAUUUACCGGGAUGGUCAUACAACACAUUUCAUUCAAUUGUAUUGAUUCCGUCAAUUAUCAUCUCUUUAGAGAUAAUUUUUGUACAGUUUUUUAUUACUAAGUAAAAAUGUAAGAGGUUCUGUUAACGGUGAA